AUGUCUAUUCCGAAUCUACAGUAUCUUGCCCUUGUACGAGCAUCCCCAAUGUCUUACUCAAAUCACCCUCUCAGCCCUGGUGGCGGGGCGGGAGGUGCGCCCUCAAAGCGUGACAAGCGCCGAACAGCGCUACAAGAGAGACUUCAGGAACUCACUGGGCAGUUCAGCAAUAACCGCGAUAUUCAGUUCCGCCAGCAGUUGCAUGCCCUUCAGUGCGACAUGACCCUUAUCAAUAAUGCCGACCCUUAUACUACCGGGCCUCUCUCGGAUACCGCAGACAGCAUUGCCUCGCUCAUUGAGGAUACUGUCGGUGGUGGUAGCAAGUUCGCCAAGGAGAUGGCAGGCCUUGCUGGGACCUGGUAUUCUAGGUUUGUUCAGCAGAUCAAUGAGAUCAAGGAGAAGAGGGAUGCAGAGUUGGUUCAAACUAUGAACGGAUACAACGAUAUCCUGGAACGACAAGCCCGCGAACACGAUUUCCGCGUUUACUUCGCAAAGGAAGAAUUCAAUCAGCUUUCUUCGACCCUCCGCGAACGAUUGAUGCAGACAAUUUCCGGCAAGCGCGCCCGUCUCAUGCGCGAAAAGGAGCAGCUCGAUAUCGCGGACACCAAUGCCCUUCUUCUCCACCCCAACCAGUUCAGCAUCACAAACCCCGCAAGUCCCGGCGGCAUCCACAGCAACCGCAAGACCCGACACACUCGCCACCGUGUGGAUCUGGACGAGCUCGGCAAUGGUGUGAUCUCGGAGCUGAACAAGCGCAAACGCAAGGCUCCCGAGGAGGAAGCAGGGACGCCCCCGCGGGACGUGGGCGAUGCUACUCCCGCCAAGCGUCACAAGGUCGAAGUUGCCAAGGAGCAGGCGGCUCCCACAUACUCCAUCAACUCGCUCUUCACCGAUAAGGAACUCAGCGCGCACGCAAAUCAGGCGCACGUCGCGGCAGUUCACUUCUUCUCCACCUCCAAGCGCCCGGAUAACGGAUCCGGAGCCGUCACCAAUGGCAACAACACCGACGCCGAAGACACCCCCGAAGGCACUGGCCACGAAGACAAUGGCACCCCAAGCGCGGCCGACAUGAUGCGCACUGCCAGCCACAACUUCCACGCCACCCGGUCGACGCGCACCACCGCCGCACACAGUGCUCUCAGCGCUCUCGCCGACUUAGCCGAUAAACCAGCCACGCGUCCGAACCUCCCAUACCACGUCCUCUCCAACCAUCACGCUCGACCAAACGGCAACGCACCCCCUUUGACAGCCCUGAUGAACGAGGAAGUCGACGACGACUGCGCGCGCAUCAGCCGACUCACAGCCAAGCCAAAUUCCUGGAUCGACUCAUCCCUCGUCGAGCUCGUUGCCGCACCUCUUCCCGCAUCAACGGAGCCGGUCGACGGCCACCCGCCCGAUCCAGCCAUCUACAGCCAACUGCAUCCUGAUUUCUCUCCCUCAAUGGGCAUCGAUUGGACGCCGGGGGCUCAUCACCCUGGUCUGGAGAUGUUUCCACCUUCGGCCAUGGAGCGCGAACGCAGUCGCAAGCGUACCCGCAACCAUUAA